UCUGGAAAAGGUGCUGGAAAGACCGGUGGAAAGGGAAAGGGUGGCAAGGCCUCUACUGGACCUGCUGCUACUGAUAAGGGUGCUUCUCGUUCGAGCCGUGCUGGUCUCCAAUUCCCAGUCGGUCGUAUUCACAGGAUGUUGAAGAGGGGCAACUAUGCCCAACGUGUCGGUGCUGGUGCUCCAGUUUAUCUCGCUGCCGUCCUCGAGUACUUGGCUGCUGAGAUUUUGGAACUCGCCGGAAACGCUGCUCGUGAUAACAAGAAGCAACGUAUCGUCCCUCGUCACUUGCAACUCGCCAUCAGGAAUGAUGAGGAGUUGAACAAAUUGCUCGGUGAUGGUAAGGAUCAUGUCCUAAACGUAAAAGACUUUAAACUCAUUCAUUUCCAGUCGUCAUCUCCCAAGGUGGUGUCGUCCCCCAUAUCGCCCCAGAAUUGCUCCCAAGUGCAGGCAAGCGUGGAUUGGAAAGCCAGGAAAUCUAAAAAGUUCAUUUCG